AUGAACAAACAACAAAUGCUCGGAAGUUCUAAAUUAGCAGAGAACCAUGAGCUUAUUUAUAAAGAUUAUCGAGACUCAAUAGUGGAAUCACCAGCAGUGAGGUGGUUUAAUUGGUUAGAAAAAUCAAAUUUGGAAAAAUGGUCAGCAAUAAUAUCGCUAUUAUUUGGAAUUUACGUAAGAUGGACAGUUGGUUUGCAUCCAUACUCUGGUCAAAACACUCCACCCAAGUAUGGAGAUUAUGAAGCUCAGAGACAUUGGAUGGAAUUAACAUUACAUGUUCCGAUAGAUCAAUGGUAUUACUAUGAUUUUGAAUGGUGGGGUCUUGAUUAUCCUCCUUUAACAGCAUAUGUUAGCUGGAUUUGUGGUAAAAUAGGAUCGUUAUUUAACCCAGAAUGGUUUGUGCUGGACACAUCGCGUGGGUUGGAAAAUGAGGAAAAUAAAUUGUUCAUGCGAUCUUCCGUGUUGGUUCUUGAAUAUUUAAUAUAUAUACCAUCAGUCUUUGUGUUUGUGAAUUGGUGGUUUGCUAAUGAAUCUUGGAAAAGGCGUGGAUUAGCAAUAUUGUUCAUUCUCCUUCAGCCUGCUCUAAUACUAAUAGAUCACGGCCAUUUCCAGUAUAAUUCUGUGAUGUUAGGACUUACGAUUUGGGCAUUGAAUUGCUUUUUCAAUGAUUAUGACGUUUUAGGAAGUAUUUUCUUUUGCCUGGCAUUGAGUUUUAAGCAAAUGGCUCUUUACUUCGCACCCGCUAUUUUCGCUUAUUUAUUAGGAAAGUGCAUAAAAAACAACAGAAAAGGGAUAAUACUUUUUGUGAAAUUGGGCGUUACAGUGGUUAUCACUUUUGCUAUCGUGUUUUUCCCUUUCUUGGAUUCGGUUGAACAUAUCUCGCAAGUCAUCACACGUCUAUUCCCCUUUCAGCGUGGAUUGUAUGAAGACAAGUCAAUAUUAUUACCUGCAUUACCAAUUACACUGUUGAUUUUAAAUGAGCCAUUCUGGAGUUCAUGGUUUAAUAAUGUUGCUGUAUUCAGUUUGUUUCCUUUAUUGAAGAGGGAGCAUUUGAUUCUGCCUUAUUUCAUUGUAUGGCUUAUGUGGAAUUGGAUGGGAUCUUUUGUUCAGCAGAAUGUGGAACCAAUAAUAUUAAAAUAUAUUUCUUGGGCUUCUUAUUUUGUGAUGGCUGCAAUUCAUUUCUUAGAAUUUAACAUCACUCCACCAAAAAGAUAUCCUGAUCUUUAUACUGUAUUAAAUCUUACAGGUAAAAAUAAAAGUAUAACUGAUAGCAACAAGAACAAUGCUUCUAUUUUAAGAGACGUGUCUUUGGAAGAUAGUGCUGGAAUGCCAAAGAGUAGCAAUAAUGCGGUUAAUCAAGAAAUGUUACAGCAAGUGACGGCAAGGACCAACAAUUUACCAGUUGAGAAUCGGGAUACGAGAAAAGGGGCUACGUCGACUAUCUCGAAUUUACCAAGGUCUACCGAAAGUACGCGUACACCGUUAUUGGUAAAUCGAGAUACGAUACAAGGUUUCGAGGAAAAUACGUAUAUAACACCAUUUUAUAAUCAAAAACAUGUGCGAAAACCAGUUGACAGCGCAUAUGCAACAUUAUUUAACUAUCGUGAAUCCACGUACACGACUCCGAUUGAUAACCGAGGGCAUAUGCAGGGAUUCGAGAAUCGAAAAUAUUCGGAAUUUAUGGCCGAUUCACAUGGAGCUCAGUUUGAAUAUCAAGAGAAUUCGGACAAUGCAUCCAGAACAUCAUCCAGAGGAUCAUCUCAAGAAUCAUUCAUAAGGGGCAUUAGGACGAGUCAAAAUUCGCUUGAAUCGACGUCUUCCACGGACGAUCUUGGUGAUGAUGGGGAAUCUUUGACCCAAAAUUCGACGUACACUAAUUUAUUAAAUGAAACAAUUGAAGAUUGUGAAGAUAGCAAUACCAUUAUUAGGUAA